CUCUGACUCCUCCUGCGACCCUCCUGUACGAGACGAGUCAGCGCCGGGCCAGACUGAGACUGCAUUGCGACUCUGCGAGGCUGCGCGGGGUGCGGAAAUGCGCGAGUGGCCUAGUCAUUGGCGGGCGUUUAGCGACUACAUUUAGCGUGAGUACUGUGCCGCCCCGAGUCGGGGACGUGCAUCUCGCUUCUGUUCUGCCCCUCGUGCUCGCUGACUUAUGGCAGGGCUCGCAACUUGGUACAACAGCCAGUAUUCGACUUGGAACCGCACGCGCCGCCUCCACGCACAGCCCUUCAUCGCUCGCACGGACACCAUCACCUCCCGCAGGGCGCCCAGAUGGCUCAGCAGCCCCAACCCCGAGGCCAGCAUGGACAAGAAGUCCGACACCCUUUUUGGCCCUAACAUCGGCAUCGUCAGCGGAGGCCCCGCCUGGACAGAGCGGCAUGAGAGGGGCGCAGACGAGCUCACGCCGGAGAGCUACGCAACCACCACAACGCUGCAAGCACUCGUGAACCUCAAGCGGCCCACUCUCCGCCUCACCCCGCUGGAGAUCGCACCCGCGGACGACCCAGACCACGCCGACUCCCAGCACCACCACGGGCUCGAAUUCGAGUACGACUGCGAUGCACCCAAGUGCGGGAUCAGCCACCCCCUCGCGGGCAAGCCCGACCCCAGCGGGCUGUGCAAGUUCCUCAUCUACGAGUCCGUCGUCGACGGCGGGUUCGGGAGGGUCCUCAAGCUCGAGGACGGCGUCACGCUCGAGCUCGGACGCUUCGAGCCCCGCGCGGACGCCGACAAGGAGGCGGCGGGCGAGGCACCCGCGGAUGCCGAGCAGCACGCCACCGAGGACGUCCAUGCGAAAGGGGCCCGAAAACGCUUCACACACUUCAACUUCCGCAUGCGCACCCACGGCCGGGCGGCCGUGGGCCCCGCGCUCGCGGUCGUCGACGCGGAGGCCCCCGCGCACGCGGCGGAGGGCGAAGACGAGGGCGCGCACGCGAGCGUGGCCGCGAAGGACGAGGAGCCGGACGUCGGCGUGAAGGUCGUGAUCCGGCUGGCGGCGCUCGACGAGGAGGGCAAGGAGCUGCCGUCGGCGAACGAGCAGGUCACGUACCUGCAUGUCGUGCGCUUCGGGGCGCCGCCACCGCCCGAGGUGGACGGCGCGGCCGUGGAGGACAAGCGGCCGUGGGUGGUCAAGGUCGUGAAGCGCGAGGCGAUCAUCGGCCCGCACACGUUCCACCUGCAUGAGAUCUACGGCCUCUCCGCGAACUCGACCACCGCGAGCCACGCGCAGCCCACGCCGCCGCCCGCGAGCGUCGACCAGCACGUCUACCCGCCGGUCGCCGCGCCCGCGAACGCGAACGCGCACGAGGACGAGCCGUCCUCGGAGUGCCUGCUCUGCCUGUCGUCGCCGCGCGAGGUCGUGCUGCUGCCGUGCCGCCACCUGGUCGCGUGCAGGGAGUGCGCGGUGAACAUGAUCGAGUUCGGCGCGGGCGGGACGAUCGUGCACCAGGAGAGCGAGACGACCGCUACCGCGGGUACGGAGGGGGCCGCGGGCGAGAACGCCGCUCCUGCGCCUCCUACGGCGGACGGCGCCGUCCCCGGCUCCGAGGCGAACGCGCCGCAGCCCACGCCGCGGCGCAAGCGCAAGGCGAAGGGCUGGUUCUGCCCCGUCUGUCGGCAACCGUACACGUCGAUGCUGCGGAUCACCACGACGCCGCCGUCGAAGGAGGGCGACGAGAAGAACCGCGACUCGAUGUCGACCGAGGCGCAGGUGGACGUGCUCCCCGCCCUGCCGGCCGCCGCUACGGCGCCGACCGUGCGCGGCAGCCUUGCGUCCCUCGCUCGUCCGGGCUUCCUGAGGGCCUUCCGUCCGGGGGCGCCCCAGCCCGACGUCGAGAGGGGCCAGGUGCAGGCGGCCUAGACGUCGCCGUCAGCCGCUCGACGCUGGGACUCGGCUGAAUAUACUCGGUUCUCGGUGCGC